AUGGAGGCUAAUGAGGAUUUUGACUUUGAUGAAGAUGUGGCAGAAAGGCUUGGAGACGGAUCUGCGGACUCUAUUGAGCGCACAGCGAACCGUUACGCCCUGUUAGAUGAGAUUUCUCUAAUGGAAGGCAACGGCGGAUGGGGAUUCAGAGACGCCUUUUUAGAGUAUGCUAUACACCACAAUUUUGCCUUUGCCGAGUCAGAAGUAAAGAUGAACCUCCUUCAUCAGCUUGCUGUAAUUCUCGUCGAUGAAUGCGACGCUGAGACGGACGAGCUUCUAUGCCUUUCUCGCAGAACUAAACUCUCAACCAUUUUGGGACAUCAAUACACGCAAAGUGGUGAACGCGAGCACCUCAUCAACGCUCUCAGUGAGAUCGAUAGAGCAGUGUCGUCAUCCCCUCAAGCCCAGAGAACUCUGAACACCCCGGCGGGAGGCGUGAUGGUGGUGCACCGUCCCGCCUCGGUGCUGAAUGCGUUGAAUACAUUGGCUACCAGGCUUGAUGAAUAUUUUCAAAUUACCGGGGCCUUGGACGCCCUGGAUCGUUGCGUCAGUAUCAGAGAGGCAUUGGUUGGCCUUGUGCUUGAACCAGUCGAAGAAUGCUUGGAGGCUCAAGUUGAACUCCUUAUCAAUGCCGCUGACAGUCUACACCGAAGGUACGAGCAAAGUGAGGAGGCGAGUGACUAUCUGGAUCGGGCUUACGAUUAUGCCCAAUCAGCUGUUCUCCUAUCGGGAAACGUGCAACAUCAACUGUCUGGGGCUUUAGCUCAGUCGUCUCUAGCGGAGGUGCUUGGUCGACGAGCCCUUGACCGCAACAGCAUGGAUGACCUGGAGGAGGCUAUCCGAUUAUCUCGAAGCGUGCGGCACUUGUUUUCGCACGAUCCCAGUCGCUUAAUGGAAAACGGUGUGAACCUUACAUUGCGUAUCCUUCAGAGAUAUGACAUGAUACGAAACGGCCAAGGGAAUAUUGAUGAGGAAUUAUUGCUCAGACAAAUUGAUGAAGCUAUCACGAUUGCGGACUCGACUCUCAGUGGCAUGCCCGAUGAUCACCCAAUUCGCCCCCACCUCAACAACCUCCUAGGGCACUGUCAUUAUGCCCGAUGCCUAGGAACAAGAGUUGAGGAGCGUGAUCCCACGGUUGCGCUGGGUCAUCUCUGGACAGCGCUCAAUAAUAAUAGAUACACGUCUCUGUUUCGCCGCAUACAAGCUGGCCGACAGAUUGUUCGUAUCUGUUGUGACGCAUCCCUGUGGUCAGCGGCUUACGAAGCAGCGAUCGCUACCGUCGCUCUUAUACCCAAACUCUCACCCCGCGCGAUCCAGAUUUCUGACAAGCAGCGCAUCCUGAGUGCCGAUGACAUCGUGGGGUUCGGUGCCGAGGCUGUUGCUCUUGCCAUCGAAGCGGGAAAGGGUGGAUAUGCAGCGCUCUCUCUCGUUGAGAGUGCUCGAGGUUCGCUUGCUGCGUCUAUAGCCAACCUGCGAGUGGAUAUCUUGGCACUUGAUGCGGCUCAUCCCGAUCUCGCCCAGCAGUUUGCAGAGGCACGGGAAGAGCUCCAGCAAGCCAGCCCACCAUCAGCGUCGUUGGCGAAUGAGAAAUUUGAUAAGCUGCUCCAGAAGAUCAGAGAUUUAGAGGGAUUUGGUGGUUUCUGUCAACCACUCAGCGAGGAGGAUAUACGUGAGGCAGCCAAUAGCGGUCCCAUUGUGGUGCUCAGCGCAAGCGAGUAUGGGAGCACCCGUGCCAUUCUCGUGAAAAACGAAAGCAUUGAUGUGAUGCAGUUCCCUUGGCUUACGCCAGACGAGCUUGAGCACAACAAGCACGAUAUGCAAAGUCCUGAGUUCCUGCAAUGGCUCUGGCUUGAGCUUAUCAAACCAAUCUUGGAAGCUCUUGGGUAUACAGCACGGCCACAAGAGGUCCAACCCCGAAUUUGGUGGAUCCCCAUUGGCGUCUUCAGUGGAUUUCCCCUCCACGCCGCUGGCUUUCAUUCUCCAGGCUCGACAGAAAACGUGAUGGACUGGGUCGUGUCAUCUUAUAGCCUUUCCAUCAAGGCCAUCUUGAACGCUCGUCGCGCGCCCGUUGGUCCGCAUACUUUGGUGGCAGGCAGGGGAAAGGCGCUCCUGGUUGGCAUGACACAGACACCUAAGCAGUCACUUUUAUCUGGCGUAGCGGAGGAGAUGGUCACCGCUGAUCGUCUUCUCCGCGACAUAGGGCUUGACUGCACUCUACUCCAAAACAGCCAUGCUCAAAAGCAAAUUGUCCUCGAACACCUUCAGACAAGCCAGCUCUUCCAUUUCGCAGGCCAUGGGGGCGAAGAGAAUUUAAACCCGUUAAAGAGUGCUCUUCUACUUGAAGAUUGGGAGAACGAUCCCAUGACGGUAGGUGAUGUGAUGGAUUUGGAUCUACACCGGAGAUCCCCUUUCCUCGCCUAUCUCUCCGCGUGUUCAACAGGUCAGAUUACCAUGGCCAAGUUCCGCGACGAAAGCAUCCACCUUAUCAGCGCGUAUCAGCUGGCCGGGUUCCGCCACGUCAUCGGCACGCUCUGGAAGGUAAACGAUACCGCUAGCCUGACGAUGGCUACCGCUACGUAUCGGAACCUGCAGAGCGGAGGCAUCACAGAUGAGUCCGUCGCCCGAAGUCUUCACCAGGCUGCAAAUCAGUUGCGACACAUGGGGAGGGAUAGAGCUUCCAACAGAGCCCUGGCUGAUGGAAGAGAUAUCGUCCCGGAUGAGGACGUAGCUUUGGAGGGCGAGGAUAAUUGGAUUCCAUUUGUUCAUUUUGGUAUUUAG